CUACUAUCGAUAGCACCAGUUCGAUAUCCGACACUGGUUCCGCGCGGAACCGCUCUUUUCACUUUAGCGAGGCGAAAUUGUCACAUUUACAUUUGACAAAAUUCGUCGACAACACCCCCGCAGACAGCAGCGACAACGGCCAUAGAAAGCAGCACAUCAGCAACAGCGAAGAACAAGCAAAAUGCCCAAGAAUAAAGGAAAAGGUGGCAAGAAUCGUCGUCGUGGUAAGAACGAGAACGAGUUCGAGAAGCGAGAGCUGAUCUUCAAGGAGGACCAGCAGGAGUACGCGCAGGUGACCAAGAUGCUGGGCAACGGUCGUCUGGAGGCAAUGUGCUUCGAUGGCGUCAAACGCCUGUGUCACAUUCGGGGGAAACUUCGCAAGAAGGUGUGGAUUAACCAGGGAGACAUCAUAUUGGUGGGAUUGCGAGACUACCAGGACUCGAAGGCGGAUGUGAUCCUUAAGUACACUCCGGACGAGGCCAGGAAUCUGAAGACCUACGGCGAGUUCCCCGAGUCCGUGCGCAUCAACGAGACGGUCACAUUCGUGGAGGAUGGCUUCGAUGAGGACAUCGAGUUCGGCGAUGAGAUCAGCUCGGAGGACGAUGCCGACUCCGUGGACAACAUCUGAUUAACAAGAAACAAAGUGGCGCCGGGAGGGACGACGACGGCGGGAGCGGCUGGAACGUCCGCCUCGGCAGCACCAGCAGCAUCAGCAGCAGAGUCAGUUCGAGAAUAGUAGGGAAUUUAACCAAUUGUAAAAAGCAGAAAGCAAGUAGGCCCGAGUCCUCUUCGAGAUCCAAGCAACCAUCCAAUCCAACAUCCACAGAGCGGCGCAGCAACAGCAAAAUAGCAAAGAGAUUUAUCAACAGAAACCAAAACUAUAGUAUCAGUUCAUUUUUAGCCCCCUCAAUGUUCAAUAUUCUCUUAAAUUUCUUGAACUUGGAAAUUCAAGUGGAUUCCGAAAUUCAAAUGGUUUGACUUAUGGCCGCCUUAAACCACUAAUUACGAAAAACAAAUAGUAGAACUGUUACACUGUGCAAGGAAUGCAACUUUGCGAAACUUAAACUAAUAUUAUUUGAAUUAAAAAAGAAAAAAACAAAGAAAAACAAA